AUGGCGGGUGAGGAAGGAUUGCCAGCUCGGUGCAUCUCCCUUCUCGAGGAGGUGAAGGGCCUCCUCGAGGGCCAGGGAAACAAAAACAUGAAUGGAGUUCGCCUUGAUGAUGCUGGUGCGGUCUCCACAGCUGUCUCUAACGAAGUGGUUCGAACCAAACCGGUUCAGUCACAGGUUUCCCCACCCGAAUCGACUGAGCCACGUUCGGAGAGGAUCAUGCAAACUUCCGUUCUUUAUUUUCGCCGUAUCCUGCCGGACCGUCUACAUCUUAUGCUGGUGCGAGAAACCAGUCUAGGCCCCUACCAGCGAAGAAGAGGAAGAGCCUUUUCCGUGUAAAGGAGACAUGGACUCAUGAGUUCUUCUGCCUAGCUUCAACAGCCGCGACUUGCGUCCCUUCAAAUCGAACAGAGCUUAAUAAGUGCACUUACUCGCUUCCAUAA